AUGUUCGGUAUAGCACGAAGAGUUCAACUUCGACACAAGAGAGGAGCCUCAAAAAUGGAUCGUUUGCUGUUCACUCUGACUGUUCUUGUGAUGAUGACUGCACCUGGUGGGUAAUGUAAAACUUUGGAGCUGAAGAAAUUAUAGAAUUACUCCACAGAUAAUGUAAUUUCUUAGACACUCAUCCGUGCUAAACGAUGCAGAAAGAGAUCAAACAAAAAUUGCAUCAAAACAGUUUGUCCCGAGUUUUCAGUUGCUUUAAUUUGUCUCUGUCAUAUAAGGGUUUCUCUCCAUGAUUAAAGGAAAGGAGGUCAGUUUAUAGAGAAACUGAGAUUUUGCAUCGGUGUGGGAUAUAACUAGAUUAUUUGAUUUUAUCAAAUGAGCUGAUAAAGUGAACUUGCCACCGUAGAGAGUAUCUAAAGCUGACGUUUCGAGCGUUAGCCCUUCGUCAGAGCGAAAUCUCACCGUAAGCCGUAAAAAAAUCCUUGUAAGUGCGGGGAACUUGAUGUGUUUCCAUUGGUACUUGUUCAUUUGCGAUUGUGAGCGUCAAUCAUGCGUAGGAGGAAAUUAUAUUGUGGUGCUGGUGUUUCGUUGACUUUUCAUGUGAUGAUAUGAUAGUUUAAGAUACUUUUUUGCGGUGAAGAACAAGACGCCAUUACCGAAGUCGUGAGAAGUCGUUUAAUGAUGCACUACAUUUUUUGUGGACUCAAAAGAAGACUGAAGACGCCCACAUUUGGAACAGAACAACUGAGCGGGUAUUUCUUACAUAGAACAGAAACCAUUUGUGUCUGAUUCCGUUAAUUUUGUACUGGGGUUGUUUUCUAUCACAUUUGUUUUCAACGAUACUUUAAGCCCUUUAAGUUGAAAAAAAAUGAAAUUCUUUGCUUCGGGAUUAUGAACGAUAAAUAACUUAUUUCUUUGUUUUGCAUAACAAAAGGGCUUGUCUGAAAGUUUCGAAAUGACCCUUUUAGUCGUUAAAAUGGACAUAACUACCUUCUUUGAGCUAUAUAAGAGAUAAAACACAAUAUUUUAAAGAAAUAGCGUUUGGUUUGAUUAUGGUGAGCAAAGGUGACUACCAGAUUAAGAGAGCUGGAAAAAAAUUAAAGAUGCAAAGACAGUGCGGUAAUUUAUGGUUGAAGCCUUAGGACCGUAAACAAUAUCUUUAGUGUUUAGUGUGCACCCUAAGGUGAAUAAUCCUAAGGAAGUACUUUGAAUGUUCGAAAUUUCUCUGGGACAACAGUUUUGUUAGUUUUAAUGAAUUAAUUCGAUGCUUGUAACGAGCAUUGUUCAAAUGAUUGUAGAGAUAAAACGUACUUUACAUCGUGGCUAAUGCAAUGUCCGAAACUUCCGGUUUUGGCGUAAGUUGCGCAUAGGAGAGACAGAGAAAUCACUAGAGCAUGCCAAACUUAAUGUUUUUAUUCUGGCGAAAGAUUCAUAAAUUGGGAAGUCCGCAGGAAAAAAAUCAUGCAAAGAAAUUAGGAGCGUAUGAUGAGCUAGUUGUCUUUGAAUAAGUUUCCUAAACGUUCAAAACCUAACAACGAGAUAUGAACAUGCUGUUAUUGAAUGACUGAACCUAUAAAUAGGUCACGUCAUGCUCUGCUCACUUUACUCAAAAUCAAUCAGGGAAUAGAUAGCGGUGGCUUGGCCAAUCAGACUGCAGCAUUUGUGAAUGCAAUAAGAUUGCAAUGAACCGCAACAAAAAUAAUUUCUUGCGUUCCUCGAAGUCAUUCAGUGUGUAACGUUUAAGAUUGUUAUAUAUUUUUUUUCUUUGUCAUCAGGUUGUGCGGUGAAAUGCUAUGUGUGCUCUGGCAAUGAAGAUACUUGCAGCAAGAGCAAACUGGAAAGUAACAGGGCCAUCUAUUUGAAGGAAUGUCCUUCCAUCGCUGACAGGUGCGCUAGGGAGUUGGUCUAAGAGAGGUGACGUGAACGCUGUGGGGAACGACUGCGCCAACGAAGCCGUCUGUGAAGCAGCAAAAGAGCUUUGUGACAAGCUUAAAGAUACUGUCAAGGACUACAAGUGCGGGGUUGGCUGCUGUUUUAGCGAUGGCUGUAACGCAGGCUCGCCUGUGACCUUCAGCUUCUUCCUGUUGAUCGUCUCUUCUGUGCUGGGCCUAGCACUAAUGAAGUAGACCGCAGACCAAAAAUGCUAACGUGUUCCCAGCAUUGCUUGAUUGUAGAACUGUGAGCGUCAAAAGACGUCAUACAAGAUGGACAGCCAAUAUUAUUCGCACAAGAAAAAGUAGAUUUGUAGAUCUGAGUGAAUUUCCUUGUUUUGUAAGCUUCUUAGUUGAAUUAAACGCUUUGAAAUAAUCGUAGACAGCAAUGAUACUUUGAUGCCAAACAGCUUCGCAACAAAUGAAUGCAUGUCAGUCACACUACUUCCAUGAAUAUCACUCACCAUAUUGUCCUUGAAUUUCGGAAAUGAUCAUGACCUGGUUAAAUUGGGUUUCUUUCCUUUUUAGCUCAUUCAUGCUGAAAGCAAUGAAUGAGGUAUUGUGGUGAAGCAGAUGUUGACGGAAGUUGUCGACCGUGGACGGAAGUUGUCUCGCAUCUCCCCACUAAGUAAGAGUCUAGAUUAAUUUCGAUGAAGCUCAGAAACUCACGUGGAAAGAAAUAAAAUGUUUGUAU